UAUUAAUUAAUUGUGUUUAAGUUUUAAGUGUUUUAAAAAUGGUUUCAAAAGUUGAAUAUGUUGAUUCAACACAUAUGUACGCAUCAAAUUAUGUACGAAAUUCAAAAGCGAUUGGUGUUUUGUGGGCAAUAUUUACUAUAUGUUAUGCAAUUAUUGGUGUUGUGACAUUUUUAACACCAGAAUGGAUUGGUGAUUUAGAUUCGGAAUAUCCAGGACGUUUUGGUUUAUGGGAAGCAUGCCAAACGGAUGAAAAAAGUGAACAUUGUCAAGGGCAAAUCUAUGAUUUAGGUAAUCUUCCUAGUGUAGCAUUUCAAGUUGCUACAAUACUUGUUGGGAUAUCAUGUUUAACAUCAUUGUUUACUAUUUGUGCAAUGCUUUUGUUUUUCUUUUGUAAAUCAACAAAAGUGUUUCAUAUAUGUGGGUGGCUACAGUUACUUUCUGCUCUAUGUAUGUUAGGCGGCGUAUGUGUAUAUCCAUUGGGAUGGGAUGCACCUGAUGUACGACGCACAUGUGGUGCUUCAGCUGGUCGGUUUGAACUUGGACAAUGUGGAUUAAGAUGGGCAUAUUUACUUGCCGCAAUUGGGUGUUUAGAUGCAAUUAUUCUGGCAAUUUUAGCAUUUAUUUUAGCUACACGACAUGUUAAAUUACAAGCUGAACCAACAUAUGGCUCAGCAUUAACGAAUGGUUCAUUAUAUAAAGGUGAAGUCAACAGUGCAUAUAUAACUGAUGCUCAUAGUGUUGCUGGCGGUUCAAGAAAAUCAUUAAAUCUUCAUCCAGUAUUAUUAAUGCAUCCAGGACCACCAGGACAUUCAGCAGACGAUACAUAUUCACAAUUUUCAAGUCGUACAGCACGUUCUAAACAUAGUUAUCAUCGUCCUGAAUAUUCAACAAGUAUUCAUAACUUUCAACUUUAAAAAUCACCAUACUAAAAAUGUUAAAAACGAAAUUUUUUUUGAAAUGUUGUUAAUGUUAUUGUUUUUCUUUUUUUAAAUUCAUUGUAUUAUAUAGUCAUUAACAAAAGUUUUAAGUUGCGUAGCAAUGUCCAGAAAAAUUGACUUUUGUUACAAUAUCCGGGCUUAAGUUUGGCAUUAGGUCUUGUGAUAUUAUCCCAUAUUUUAUGAACUGAUGUCCAUUUAUUCAUUGUUUGAAAAUUAUCUUCCAAAGUAAUGCUUAUUAUUA